GUUUUAACACAAUUUCCAUAAACAACUUAUAAGAUAUAAAGACUGACUGAAUUUAAUGAUCGAAUUAUCUGUAUAUUUCGUAAGAGAAGUAUAGAAACUCAGAUUUUGUGCAGUUUGACAUAUUAGACAGAUAAACAUGUGCCUGCUAGAUAAAAACAUAAACAGUGAAAGUACGACGUUUUUGAUUGGACCGAAUAAGAAAGUGUUUUCAUUAGGAACCAAUGAAAUUGUAUGUUUCAGGUCAAGCUAGAGCAGGAUUACCAGGGAACUUCUUCCGCUGCAACAGUUCGACAAUAUUUAAAUGUUUCUUUAUUAGAUGGUGGAAAAGAUAAAGGACAAAUGAAUUGAGACAUUUAAUUAGUAGCAGGUAUCGAUUUCCAUCUGUUUAAAUCAAGGGAAGCCUUACAAUGUCUGAAUCUUUCAGUUCCAAAAAGAGGAAUGGUGGCAUGCAAAACUUGCUUGGAGAAUUCAAAGGGCUCUAUGAAACAAGACUUCGCAGGCUAGAUGAAGCUGACCAUUCAGGAGAAGACACAGCAAAGACGAGAGUGAGAAUUAUGCAAGCUUACGUUAAUGAUUUGACAGAACAGAAUGAAGUGUUAGUACAGACCGUUGAGGAAUUAGAGAGAGAAGCCAAUGAAAGGGUCAACAUCCUAGAGUCUAAAUUAAAACAAGUUUCUGGGUCAACAAAGGAAUAUGUGAACAAAGCAAGAGAUUUAGAACGAGAGUUGAGAGCUCUAACUAUAGAGAAAACAAGAGCUGAAGCAAUGAUAGAGGAACGAAGGACUCUUAGGAUAGAAACUCAGUGGUCCCCAUAUAAGGAAAUGCAGGAUCGAUUAGGAAGACAGGAUGAAAACUUAAGUCGUUUAAGAGACGAGAAUUCUAACCUAAACCAUGACAUUAACCAGUUAAUAUCUGUCAUCAGUACUGCUAGAACAACAGGACGGUGGGAGACAAUAAAUUGCAAUUUUCGUGAGCUGUCUAUGGAUCAAGUUUUUGGUUCCCUUCAUGAACAGUUAACUGGAAUAAGGAAUUCUGAAGGUGCCUUUGAAGAAAGAAUUCGAGAACUGAAUGAAAAAAUACGGCGGAAAGAUGAGCAGAUAGAUUCAUUACAAAGAUCUCAGCCACAAAAUACUUCAGUCAGGGCUUCCCAAGAUGAGAAGACAGGAGAAAAAGAUCCAUUUCGACAAAUAGCUGAACGUGACUUUACCAUCAUGCAGAUGAAGAAUGAUUUACGUAGAGCAGAACAAAAAUCAGAAGAUCUGACUGCUGAUGUCUCAAAUCGGGAACGCAAGAUUUCAUCCCUCCAAGCACAACUUAGUGACCUCCAUAAUCAGGUCUCUAGAAGGGAGGCAGAAAUAGGAGCUGGACAACAGACCAUUAAAACGCUACAGGAUAAACAUCGUUACUCAGCAGGGGAGCUUGCAAAAUCUGAAGAAACAAUGAGACAACUAAAGCUGGAUGUACAACAAUACAAAGAUAGAUAUAAUCAAACUAGCCAAGAGAUACCCCAUUAUGAAAGAAGGCUACGAUCACUGGAAGCUGAUCUUCAAGAAUCCAAAGAACAUAGGAGAAAAGCGAUGGAAGAGAUUGGAGUUCUGCAAGAUAGAGUAAGGGAUUCUCAAGUCUCCAAGAAAGAUCACAAUGACAUUUUGAAAUCUGAGUUGGCUAGAAGAGAUGAUACUAUCCAGAAGUUAAGAAGGGAUGUCCUUGCAUUGCAAGAGAAAAGAGACGCUGCAGUUUCAGAGCUGGAUUCAAAAAUACACUCCCUCAACCAGACUGAGGACCAGAAAAAGCUUAAGGAGGAAGAGAUGCACAGAUUAGAAGCAAGAUGCAAGGUGGCAGAAGAAGAAAUUGAGUCACUGAGGAGAAUGAAUGAAAACUAUAAAUCUGAUGCCAGUGCAAACGUAACCAAGGUAACUCGAGCAGAGGCGGAGCAACAAACGUUGAAAGCCCAACAUGCCGAAUCUUUGGCACAGGUACAGAAACUGACAACCUCCUUACAGAAAUUGCAGAGUUCUUCUAAAGAUACUAGAGAUGCUCUCACAGCUGAGUAUGGUUCUCAUCAGUAUGGUGUUGCUGAUAGACAUGACAGCCUUGUCAAAAUGAGAAAUGAGAAUCGUGAUUUGGAAGAGAAGUUGCGCGAGGCUCUCGGAUCUGCACAUCACAGGGGUGAUGUUGUCAAACAAAUGAGAGAUGAAGUAAAACAGUAUCAAGUCAGAUUACAAGAAAGCCAGAGGAAGAUGGAAUCGAUGAACCAAGACCUGCAACAAUCACAGAGUCGAUACACUGCACAGGCUAGAGAGAUUGAUCGUCUCCAAACAGAGUCACAAGAAAAAGACCUGACAAAAAGCCAAGGUGAAACUGUAUUGAAGUCUGAGCUUGCUGAUAGAGAAGAAGAUAUCCAUAGACUAAAGGCUGAAAUAUGUGUGCUUCAUGAAAAGUUAUCUCAAAGUUCUGGUCAGCUGAUGUCUAGAGAAGAACAGAUACAAAGACUGAGUUUGAACAGGGAAGAUAUUCAUAGAGAACUAGAACAUAAAGAUGCUUUAAUUCAGAGGCUGGAGUCUGACUUCUCUAUUGCCAAAGAAGAGAGAAGAAAAUCAGAUGAUAUACUAUCAAGAAGGGAGAUAACUAUCCAGCAGCAAGAACACGAUCUAGAAACAGUUAAACAACAAUACAGAGAAGCUGUGGAAGAGAAUGGCAGGUUGGAGGCCAGGAUUCAGGCAUUUGCUAUAAAUGCUCAAAGCGAACAAGAUGUUCUUAGCUCAGAGGUAAAGAGAAGAGAGGAUGCAAUCAAAAGGUUAAAGAUGGAGCAUGUUUCACUUCAAGAGUCGAACAGUAAAUUUGCUGAGAAGGUGAACCAGUUAGAAAGAGAAUUGGACCAGCUUAAGCAAAGGUUCAGAACAACACAGGCUGAGGUUGACACCAAAUCAGGCAUGAUCAGUAAUUUGGAACGUCAACUGGACGAGGCCAAGAAAAGAACUUCUCAUCAGUUCGAUGAAAUUCAGAAACUUGAAGAUCAAGUACGGGAACUGAAUGUAGAGCUUGCCUCUGUACAGUCACAGGCUGACAAGCUUCACCAGAACGUACCUGUCAGGGUAACUGGCUUAGAAAUAGAGAAUACAACAAAAGAUGAGUUAAUUCAGCAACUUAAAGGAGAUAUUGAUGGUCUUCAGAAACAGAGGAAAGAUAUGGGAGGCAAGAUGAUUGUGAGAGAUGAAACCAUCCAAAAGUUAAAUUCUGAAAUUGGAAAGUUGAAAGCAAAACAUCAAGAUAAAUUAACAGAAAUCCAGAAAACAAGUGAAACCGUAAAGAAACUUCAAGAUGCUUUGACCAGGACUCAUGUUGAUUUAGAUAAAAUAAAGAAGCAGUCUGACGAAGAAGUGAGAAGGAGAGAUGGAACUAUCAAACAGUUACAAGAAGAUUUGAUGGAGUCCCAGGCACAAUAUAGCUCCUGUUACAAUGAGAUGGUGAAGGCAGAAGAUGACAUACAGAAUCUGAAGGCUGAGAAUUCUCAGUUAAAUAAUAAUAAUCAACAGAGUGGUCAGGAGUGUGGUCAUCUCACAGAACAGGUCAAUCAGAUGGAGUUAGAACUUACUAUAUCACAGGAAAAACACAGGACAUGUCAGAAAGAGGUUGCCAGCAGAGAUCAAGUGAUCCUGAAGUUACAGUCAGACUUGGACACAUCCCAAGAAAAAUAUACUGGUUGUAUGGAAGAGUUGAACAUUAGAGAAGAUGAAGUAAUCAGAUUGAAUAACAAAAUCAAAGAAUACCAACAAGAAAUGAGGAAUCUAAAUGCCAGAAUUGAUGAAGAUGAACAGAGGCUAUCAAGUGAUGGUAAAACAAUCCAGAAUCUACAACAUGAUCAAGAAAUCCAGCUCUCUGAGGUUAAAAAUUAUAUGAGAACUAUUGAGCAACUGAAAACAGACUUGCAAAUGGCAAGAAACAGUCAUGGCCAGGAUGUCAAUAGAAUGCAACAAGAUUUGGACAUGUCUCGAGAUGAGGUCAAUAUCACAAAGAGUGAGUUGAAGGAAACACAAGUCCAGGUUCUGGAACAGAAGGCCAGUAUUGCAGCUCUUAAUGAUGAGCUAGAGAGAUUACAAAGGAUACAGUCAGAUACUGCUCAGGAGGUUGACCGCCAGGCAGCAACAAUUCAGGAAUUGGAUACAUCAUUAUCUGAUGCUAAACAGCAUGUUAUUGUCUUAGAGGACCAAGUGGAUUCUUCUAAGAAUGAAAAUGAAAAGUUAGAUUUGAAUUUGAACAGUUUAAAACAAAAAUACAAUCAGAGCAUGAACGAACUUGCCCACUUAGAUAAUACUGUUAAAACAUUGCAAGAAAAACUAGCGGAAAGUCGUAACAAAGAACUAGAUAAGGAUCAGAGAAUUGACAGUCUGAAAACAGACAUGGAGAAUUUAGAUAGAAUGUAUACCGAUACUAAACACGAGGUGAAGAAAUGUGAGGAUGUGAUCGAACAAUUAACACAGGAAUUCAGUACAUCACAAGAGGACUUGUCCGUAGCUCAGGCUAGGAUCCGAGAGAAUGAGGACAAUAUUAGGAAUCUCAAAGACAGAGUUCAAGAUCUGACUGCAGAGGCAUUAAAGAAUGAAGAAAGAGCAAAGAAAUUAGAGAAUGAACUUUUCACCUACCAAGGAGAACAUAGUCAUACAGAUGUUGAGUAUCUGGAGAAAGAAGACAGAAUUGCCCAUUUAGAAUUAGAACUUGAAGAAACAAGAUCUGAACUUGGUGCUAAGCUCCGUCAAAUUUCGGACCAUCAAGAUCAAAUCAAUGACCUCAGAGUGGAGCUUGCUUCAGUUCGAGAACAGAAAAAUAGUGCCAUGAAAGAGAUUGACAGAUUAGAACAAAGUAUUCAGCAACUUCAGUUGAAUCUUGCCAGCUCUCAUCAACGUCAUAAACAUGAUACUAAUAACAUGUCAGAACAGUUAUCUUCUCUUGAAUCUGCCCUUCACCAGACCCAGGCUAGAGGUCAGGCCUUAGAACAGGAACUUAACCGUCGAGAAGAUCAACUGAAGCAGAACGAGGCCGAUAUUAAAUCAUGUAGAGAUGAUAUCGUAAACAAGAUGGAGGAGAUUGAGAAACAUGAGGCUAACAUUAAAGAUCUGAGGCUAGAGAAUAAUCAUCUACAGUCUUCAAAACAGAGAGCUGAAAAUCAGGUAUCAGAACUACAACAAGAGGUGGACCAUGUAAAGAAUGACCUCUCAGAAGCUAGAGCUCAGUACAAAGAUUGUGCACAAGAGUUGGCACAUCAUGAGGAGAAGUUGAUGUUGAUGGAACAAUCGCUUCAGACUACUCAAGACCAACUAAGUCAACGUGUGACCGAGGUCGUCCGUCAUGAACAGGUCAACAGGAAGUUACAGAUGGAAGUUAAGACGUUACGGGAACGUAGUACAAGUUUCGAAGAGGAAAUCAUUGAACAGAAAACCAUUAUUGAUAAAUUACGUAAAGACAUGGUGAAGGUCAAAGAGGAGCAUCAUGCUACUGUCCAAGAGGGAAUGGCAUAUAAACAACAGGCUCAUAAGUUAGAGGUGGAAUUGGAGGGAUCCAGGGAACAAGAGAAAAUGUUAUCAGAACAGGUUGAACAGCAAGAUCAGAUUUUAACACAGUUACAACAGGAAUUGAGAGCUGAACGAGAACGUCACCAAGAAACUGCCAGGCAAUAUAAUCAGGCCAAGAAAAUCAAUUCUGAUCUACAGGAGGAUAUCGAUAACUAUAACAAAUCAGUACAGGACCUCACUAAUCAUAUUAAAGAAAAAGAUGAUUUAAUCAGCAAGCUUCGAGGGGAAAUUGAGUCAUUACAGCAGAGACAAAGGGCAUUAAAGGAGGAGUUGGCAGAGAGGGAAGGACAGCUGAGGGUAGCUAAGAUGAACUUGCAGACAGCUCAGAAACAAAGUCAUCACCAUGCACAAGAGAUUGAGAGAUACGAAGAAACAUUGGCACAGAUUCAGGCGGAAUAUGAGAAAACACAAGAACAGUAUAGGAGGGCACAUGCUGAUUUAAUGGACCAGGAACAGAGAACACAUGACCUCAAAGUUCAAUUAACCACAGUUCAAGGUCAUCACAAGGAAUCUAUGGAUCAGUUGUCAGAGAAUUCCAGACAGUUGGCAACACUCAAAACUGAUCUUCACAAAUCUCAGCAACAAAAUAUGGCAAUCACAGAAGAGCUCCGUGAAUAUGAAGAAAAGAUGAGAUCAAUGACAAAUGAGCUGAGAAAACUUCAGGAAAUUAACCGAGCAUCUGAAGAUGAGCUUCAGAACAUGGAUAUGAAACUUUCGGAAACUCAACAGGAGCUGUUGAAUAGUCAAGAUAAACAUAGGCAGAGUCUACAGGAGUUCUCUGCCAAGGAGGAGGAGUUAGUGGUGUAUAAAGUGGAACUUAGUAAUAUACAGGAGAAAUAUAAAGCUAAGUUAGAUGAGAGUGAAAAUAUGAGGAACCAACUAGAGUUAAUGAACCACAACUACAGGAGUGCAAAUGAUGAAAUCCAAGGCCUGCGAGUUGCCCUUGAAGAAUCAAGGUCAAAUGGAGACAGACUUCACAAGGAAAGUGAACUAGUUGUUCAGAAUGUGAAUACCUGGGUUCAGGAACAAAAACUUGCCAAUGAGAAACUCGGAAAGAAGAUCAGAGAACAGAGUAAAGCCAUUAUGACUCUCACUGCUGAAAAAGAACAACUAUUAGAACAAGUAACAAAAUUACAGAAAUUCAGCAAUAAAGCAAAGAUUGAAUUAGAAGAGAGAAGAGAUGAAUCUGACAAGUUUAAGGCUUUACAGAACCAUUCAGCUCACCAACAAGUAGUAUUAAAUCAACUUAGAAAUCGUCUAGAAGAUAAUGCGAGCGACCAGGACCAUGAACUACAAGCUAAAGUGGCAACAAUAGAAGAUUUACAUAGUCGACUGAAGAUUAAUGUGGACAAUAUACAACAACUUAACCAACAGAUGAGUUCAUUACAAAAGGAAAAUCAGCGACUAAGGAAUGAUUUAGACAGAGAAAUACAUGCUAGACAAACUUUAGAACUUCAAAUAGAAAGUAAAGAACAAACAAUUAACAGUUUAAAAUCUCAGAUGGAGGCUCGAAGGCAUUUACAUAUAGAAAAUAGUUCACCAUUAAAGGAAAAACCAAACAGGCCUGCAAGACUUGCCCAUAGGCGGUCACCAUCGUGUCCAUGUGUUAGCCCAGCAGGUCCCAGAGUCCCAUUACAAAAGGCCUACAGUAAAGGUUUAGAAGAUGCUGGAAUAUCCGACGCUACAGCUUUAGAUAAAAAUUACUGGAUACAAAGAGUUGGAGAGAAAAUUUCCUUUUUGAAACAGAGAUAUCCUGGCAGUUUUGAAUAGUUAUCUAUACAGUUACAACAGAGUAGUGAAUAUUGGGCAGACAAAGUCCGUGACUUAUCUGGACAAUUAGAGAAAAGCCGUAUCAUCUCUAGUCCCAUCCGACCACGAUAGUCCAUCCACUUCAUUGCCAUUCCGUCCACAUUGCAUUCAUGGAACUUUUUUUUUAUUGUUUAAAUGGAUAAACAUAGUUUUAGUCAAUUUAUAUAUAUGCUUUAUACAAAAAGUGCUGAAAGCCGUCCAAAAUUUAUUAUUUAUUUUUAGAAAGAGAGAUUUUAGCAUUUAUAUGUAAUUUACCCUCUCUGUUGUGAUUUAAAUCUUUAUGGAGAAAAAAAUAAUGUACUAGGAACACGUUUGCCUUGUUCUUUAAAUAUGGUAAAUAAGUUAGAAUAAUAGCUUGUGAAUAUUAUGUUAUAUUUGUUUCAAUCAUGACAGUUUAUCAAAACAAGGAAGUAGAUUAUCACUUUAAAAUAGUUGGGUUACGGAAUCAAAUGUACAACAGAAAUAUAUCAGUUCUUAAAUUGGGGUUUUCCCUUCUACUGAUAUAUGUAACAUUUAUCAAUGAUAUCCAGAAAUUGUUAUCAUCUAUAAUUAGGCAGCAAAUCUUUAAUUUCUCAUAUGUCUUAAAUUUAAAAUUUCAAACCUUAUUCGAAAUCUGAAGUUAAUUUGUUUACUAAUGAAGUAAAAUUUAUCAUAUAAGCUGUCCUUUUUACCGUGAAAGAGGAAAAUAAAAUAAAAAUAAAUUGAAUAAUAUAAAUCAGCAUUGUAAGUUAGGAUUUCCUUAUUCCCUUGCCCAAACAGUAUUCUUAAUAGCAUUUUUUUUUUGGUCACAGAAUUCCAGUUUUAUAUUUCUCACAAUUUUAUUUAUUUAUAUUUUAUUAUUUAAGCUAUUUUUUUUUUUUUUUUGCAAAUAUUUAUUAUUAUAUUAAUAAUUGAUAAUUUUAAAUAUCAGUUUUUUUGAUUUAUUGAUUUUUUUAGUAUAGUUACAAAAUAUUUUAAGAAAUGGACUCACAAAAAUAAUGUCCACAUAUAGUUUUAUUCAUAUUUAAAAAGUGAGAAACAAUAGGAUCAUUUUAAAAUCAAUUUAAUGAUUUAUUGAUUUUUAGUAUAUUUAGAAUCUGUAUAAGAAAUUUAUACACAAAUUAAUGUCCACAUAAACUUGUAUUAUUUUUCAAAAGUGAGAAACAGUAGAUAAUCAUUUGAAUGUUGUAUUAUUUAAGAAUAGAAGGUUGUUAGGUGCUACAAAUAUUAUGGAUCACCAGUAUUUACAUCUUAUUCGUUUGUUUGAUAUUUUUUAUUGAUAGAAAGGUCAUAGAAGAUAGUGUUAUUUCUACAGAACUGAAAAUAACGGCAAGAAAUUUGACCUUAUGGUUAAUAAAAAAAUAUUUUUCUUUACUUUCUCAAACAAUAAUUAAAAAUUUAUUCCCAAUUGUGUUAACAUAUACAAUGUCCAUUAUCAGACCAUGUUUGUUUGAGAUCUACCAUGACUUGUUAAAAAAAAAGAAAUAUGUAAAAGUUUAAAAAUUGAAGUAAGAUUUGUGUCCCUUGGAAUUAGUUCUGUAGAAAUUUCACUAUUUUGAUAAAGACUGAUUAUCAAAACCAUUAAAGCUAUUAUCUGUGAUUUUGUAUGAGGUAGUAGUGUCUACCCAUACACGUAAAAUAGAUUAUUAGGAUGUCUGGUAGACGUAUGAGAUUUGUAGUGUGUGACAUUGUGUCUCAUUAUAUAUUUGUUUUAUAUUGGUAAUUAAAUUCUGGCUAGAUCCAGCUAAUCUUAAAAA